AUGACAACUGAAGGUUUAUUGCCAGAAGUGAAGACACCAGACGAAGAACUUCAGUUUCACGAGAAAAGAGUAGACGCCAAGAAUGUCACUGUGGAGCAAGACUCCAGCCGUGAGCCCGACAAGGUGACGACCGAUGUGGGCAAGAGCGACGGUAGCAACUUGAACCUCCAAAGCCAGAAGAGGCUGCACCCAUCGGUCCGUGAGGCGCCUCAGAUUCUGUUACAAGCCGACGACACGAAGCGGUCGUCAAAGAACAAUCGCAGCUGCGUGUCUGUGCAGGCGCAUGUUGACGACAGAAAUGAGCUGAACGUCUCGCGUACCUGGAGGACGUCCCAGCGAGCCCAGGACGACCACGACAAGCAGGUCAACGUCGACGACGAAAGGCCGUACACUUUGCCUGGGCGGCAGGCGUCCCGGCAAUCUGAGGACGACCCAUGUGUGAACUUCGACAACGUCAAGGCCGGUCCCGACAUCUUACCUGGGUUGCACAAGUUCCGGCAAGCCAAUGACGACCAAGUUGAGAACAUGGGCGUCGGUUGCAAGGAAGAACCUAGAGUUUCUCCUGGAAGGUCCGAGCCCUGGUUCCUUCGCCAUGCCGACAACUGCUUCGUGCUUCGUCAGCUUUACAAAGGACGAGAAACGGUCGAUCAUCACUGUAGUACUACUGGAGCGAACAUUCAUUUUAUUGUGUUUGUUCACGGACUAGGAGGCAGAAGUUGCGACUUUUAUUGGGCUAAGAGGUGGAUGAAGCUCCUCAUCACGGCUCCCAAGCACUUGCUGAUAUGGUCCGAAGCCAACGGGGGAGACAAGACUUUUGAUGAGAUUGGAUUGUGCGGGGAACGCCUUGCGCAAGAAGUCGCCAACUAUCUGAACAACAUUGGGGCGACGAACUUCAAAUUGAGCUUCGUAGGAUUUUCACUGGGAUGCGUGACGAUCCGGGCGGCGCUCACCUGCCCGCAAAUGCGGCCGUACAUCAAGAACCUCAACACGUUUCUUUCUCUGCAUGGGCCGCAUCUCGGAGUCCUUUACGCGAACAACAAAUUCCUCAGAUUCCAGCUUUCUCUCCUGUCAAAAAUGAAGAUGAAGGGAUCGAUGAAGCAACUCGCCUUUCAGGACUCCCCAGAUAUCAGGACGUCUUACAUCUAUAUCCUCAGCCGUGCACCAGGUUUCGAAUACUUCAAACAUGUGUUACUUAUGGGUUCUUCUCAAGACAGGAUCGUUCCUGUUCAUUCUUCUAACGUGCAGCAUUGCACGGAAUCUUUAGCCGACACUACGGUUACCGGCAAGGUUUAUGAAGAAAUGAUCGAGAAUCUUCUGGGACCAUUGCUCAAGAGAGAAGACGUGACGUUAAAGCGGUUCGACGUCUUUCAUGAUAUUGGAAGUCUGAAAUAUCUGAGUCCGGUGAUCCUCAGUCUGUCCCACGUCAGCACUCUGAUGUCGAGGAACCUCUUCGAAAAGUUUAUGCUCAUUUCGGGAGCAGACUGCUUCAAUUAA